AUGCCUGACCCGAGAACGCCAGACCCAAGGACUCCUGACCUAAGAACGCCUGACCCGAGAACGCCUGACCCAAGAACGCCUGACCCGAGAAUGCCAGACCCGAGGAUGCUUGACCGGAGGAUGCCAAACCCGAGGAAGCCUGACCCGAGGACGCCUAACCCGAGAAUGCCUGACCUGAAGGUGCUUGACCCUAGAAUGCCUGAACCGAUGACGCCUGACCUUAGGAUGACUUACUGGAAAAUGCCUAACCCGAGGAUGCCUGAUCCCAGAACGCCUGACCCGAGGAUGCCUAACCCGAGAAUGCCUGAUCCCAGAACUCCUGACCCGAGGAUGCCUGACUCGAGGACGCCUGUCCCGAGAAUGUCUUAUUGGAGAAUAUGUCUGACCCGAUAA